UCUCUCUCUCUCUCUCUCUCUCUCUCUCUCUCUCUCUCUCUCUCUCUCUCUCUCUCUCUCUCUCUCUCUCUCUCUCUCUCUCUCUCUCUCUCUCUCUCUCAACCAUAAGGCCUAAAUAGUGACAUAUAAUUUCCCAAAAUGGCCUUGAAGAAGUCAUCAAACAAGCUCUCACAAGCUGCACUUGUUAAGCAUAUCAUGAAGAGGUGCUCAAGCUUAGGAAAGAAACAACAUUAUGAUGACGUACCCAAGGGCCAUUUCGUCGUUUACGUUGGUGAAAACCGCAGCCGCUACAUCAUACCAAUUUCAUUCCUAUCGAGGCCAGAGUUCCAAAGUCUACUCAGGCAAGCGGAAGAAGAGUUUGGGUUCGAUCAUGACAUGGGGCUAACCAUCCCCUGUGAAGAAGAAGUCUUUCAAUCACUUACUUCAUUGCUUCGGUUCUGAGUGAAUUAGCUAGAUUUACUAAUAUUAUUUUCCAUUUUUUUUUUUUUUGUUUUACUUGAAUUACUUAUGUUAGAUUUACUCUAACCAUGCUUUAAGAGAUUAUUUGAAGAAAAACCCAAAACUUGAAAUGGGCCUUUUCAACUAAUUUUGUAAAUUCUAAAGCAUUUUUCUCACAAUAUUUUUGAUUUUUUUGGUU